UGUCAUCGAUGCCGAUUUAUACGAUAACAAUGUCGAUAGACUGAAGCGUGAUGACGUGCCUGUUGUGGAGACAAAACUCGACAAAGACAAGAAAUUCGAUGAUGUUGAAAAAACCAGACAAAUCAGACUCGAAGAACGAUGACAUUGACAAGAAAAAACAAUGACAACAAUGAUGACGAGGACGACGAUGAUGAUGAUGAUGAUGAUGAUGAUGAUGAUGAUGAGGAUGGGGAUAAACUGACUGUGCCUGAAAUUCGAAAGCCGCAUGACGAUGAUGACAAAUCAAACGACCGCGAUCCUGGUAGUGGUAGCAGUGGCAAUGCAACACCAACACCAGAAACCGAUGCAGCAAAUUACGAUCAGAAUCGCAGUUGCUCGUCGGAGUAUAUGUCAACCGAUUUGCCAGGUGGUGUUGGCCAUUGGCGGGAUCAAAGUACUUACUUGGCAUUAGAAUCCGAACCUCAGGUAAAAGUUGAAUUGACACCAACAACAGUCGAGCGUAAGGAUGAUCUACUAACCGAAACAAUAACAACAAAAACCUUUGAAUUGGCACCUUCAGUGCCAGCCCCUGAAACAACAACCAGCCCCUCUGUUUUACCCACAACUAACGUUGCAAAUGCACUAAUCCAAUUGGCGAGCGCCACAACUCACACGCUGUCCGCUGCCGCAAAUGCAGCAGCAACAGCAACACAAGCGACAACAUUGGCGGCCACUAGCGCCAUUUUGCCAGUGGCAACAGCAGUAAUUAAUAAGUUUGCUGCUGCACCGACAACACCGUCAACACCACCAUCGACACCAGAGGAGGAGGCAGCACCAGCAACUAUAACGCCAACGUCAGAAGCAGCUCCAACAAUCACCGAAACGACAACAACAUCAACGACAACAAAGUCAAGCAGCGUCGAUGGUGAUGAGCUGCCACAAGUUGUUGACAACUUGUCAAAUAUCGUAAAGCGCACUGUAGUGACAACAACAACGGUAACGACAACAACCACAACUGAAACGUCAGCAGCAGAGCCAGCAACAACUACAACGACAACUACUACAACAACUGCUGGCAAUGAGUUGCUAGAACAACAACAACGCCAGAAGGUGAAAAUCACAUUGAGCCUUCGUUUAUUCAUAAUUCUAAUAAUUGCAGCUUUUGUGUGUGGUUUUGGUAUUUGUUCAUGGCUUUUAUACGGCAAUAGUUCCUAUUCCUCGUGCUCCUCUUGUUGUUGUUGUUGCGGCGCUUCAGCCACAUGUUGCCACAGUUUGCCACCACCAACAGAAGCAGCAAAUCCUGAGAAUGGCCUACAAUAAGGUCGAAUUAUGGCGAUUGCUGUUUUGAUUGUUGGCUCUUUGGAGGUUGCGCCGAAACAAUAAUAACAAAACAAACAAAAUAAGAUAUACAUAUAUUAUUACUAACUGUAUUCAAUUGUUAACUUUUUGACUUAUGUUUUCUUAAGAGUUUUCUUUUAUGUUUUGUUUCCUUAAAUUGCAUCAUUAAUAUGUAUGACCUAUGACAUAAGUGUAACCGUAAUAUUAAUUGAAGUUUAUAUUCCUAUUAAUGUAGACAUAAUACUCUUUAGUUUGAUUGCAUUCGCUUAUGUUCCUUACUAAUUGAUCUUAACAUUUUUGUAAAACAACGGAUACUAAUAGAAGUAAACUACAUUUAAAUCAAUUUAUUCCCAGUAAAUCUAAACUUAAUAAAAUAAAAAAUUA